AUGGACAUUUCUCACUGCCCUCUGAAGCCUAGUGUUGACAGGGAUGGGGACUGGAUAUUGGGUGGAUUCUUCCCUCUCUACUCCCUGAAUAUGCAACUAGAGUCACAGAAAUUCUAUUGGCUGAACAAGCCAAUCCGAAUGUCACCCAGCAAGUGGCAGUUGAAGAAUUAUCAUUACAUUCUGGCCUUUCUCUUUGCCAUUGAAGAGAUCAAUAAGGACCCCCGUCUGCUGCCUAAUUUCACACUCGGUUUCAAUCUCUACAAUGCCUUUAAUAAAAAUGAGAAACCUUUAGAGAACAUCUUGCUUUGGUUCUCAGGAGGGAAUCAGACUGUCCCAAAUUAUAACUGCCAGAAACAAAGCAAAUCUACGGCCAUUAUUGCAGGAACCACACUAGAAUUUUCAUCAAUCCUUGGACCACUUCUGGGACUCUACAAAAUUCCACAGGUCACAUACGGAGCAUUUGAUUCUUCACUGAGUGACAAAGAUCAGUUCCCAUCACUCUAUCAAAUGGCUGUUAAGGACAAGUUCCUAGUGCGUGGACUGAUCUGUCUACUGCUGCAUUUUGAAUGGACCUGGGUGGGGGUAGCCAUCACAGAUAAUGUAGAAAAGAAGUUGCCUACCUCAUGGGUAGGAACUAUCAAUUUAUAUGAAGGAAUUGCUCUCUCAACAGAGGAUGCAAAAGUAAAUGUCUAUUUAGUCUACGGUGAUUCUGACAUUUUUAUAAGCAUACACAUGCAUUCAAGACUGACUGAAUAUUCAGGUAAGCUGUGGAUCAUGGCAACAGAGUCCUAUGUUGACUUAUAUAAAAUGAAGAGCAUUAUGGGCCUUUUCCAUGGAAGUCUCUCAUUUUCAUCUCCAAAGAGAGACGUGCCUGGUUUUGAACACUUUAUUAAAAAAAUGAACCCUUCCAAAUAUCCAGAAGAUUUUUAUUUCAAGAGAUUUUGGCUUAAUGCAUUUAACUGUGUAUUUUCUGGGUCAUCACUAUGUGGAAAAUUCAAAGACUGUCCCCCAAAUGCCUCCUUAGAGUUUAUGCCAGGAAACACUGACAUGAUGGUCAUGUCUGAAUCCAGCUAUCUCGUCUACAAUGCUGUGCAUACUGUGACCAGAGCCCUUCAUGAGAUGCUCCUGGAAGAAGCAGACAUGGGGUUGACAAGAGAUUCAAGCCUUCCAGUGCCUCUCUCCUGGAAGCUUCACAGAUUUCUGAGAAGUCUCCAGUUUACUAACAGCAUUGGGGACCAUGUAUCCUUGGAUGAGCAAAGAGAAUCUAAAAAACAAUAUGACAUCCUGAACAUUGCGCUAUUUCCUACAGCUCAGGACUUCCUGGUUAAAGUAGGAGAGUUUGUCAUCAAUGGUACAAGUUAUCAAAGUUUGGUCAUCCAUGAUGAGGUUAUAGAAUGGCCUAUGGGAUUGGAAAAGGUACAGCCUCCCAUAUCAGUGUGUAACCAGAGGUGUGGUCCGGGAUUCAAGAAAGUUACACAGUCUGAUGAAACCUGCUGUUUUGAAUGUGUCUUUUGUCUGACAGGAGAGAUUUCAAAUACACAAGAUGCACGGGAGUGUAUCCAGUGCUCUGAGCAAGAAUAUUCAAAUGAAGAGAGAACCCACUGUCUCCCCAAGUUGGUGACCUACUUGGACUUUGAAGAUUCCUUGGGGAUGGCUCUGGCCUGCACAGCUUUGUGCUUCUCUGUGCUCACAGCUGGGGUUCUGUGGGUCUUUGUGAAGCACCAAGACACCCCCAUAGUCAAGGCCAAUAACAGGACUCUCAGUUACAUCCUGCUCAUCUCCCUCCUCCUCUGCUUCCUCUGCUCCUUUCUCUUCAUUGGGCAUCCACACCCUGUCACCUGCAUCCUCCAGCAAAUCACAUUUGGACUUGUGUUCACUGUGGCUCUUUCCACUGUGUUGGCAAAAACCAUUGUUGUGCUUUUGGCAUUCAAAUCCAUGAAGCCGGGAAGAAUCAUGAGGUGGCUGUUGGCAUCAGGGGGUUCUAACUAUGUCAUUCCCAUCUGCACUCUUGUCCAAAUGGUUAUCUGUGCCAUCUGGUUGGGACUGUCUCCCCCCUUCAUUGAUGUAGACACACACUCUGAGCCCAGGCAUCUGCUCAUCGUGUGUGACAAGGGCUCAAUCGCUGCAUUCUACUGUGUGCUGGGAUACUUGGGCUCCUUGGCCCUGGUCAGCUUCUCCUUGUCCUACCUUGUCCGCAACCUGCCUGACACCUUCAAUGAAGCCAAGUUCUUGACCUUCAGCAUGCUGGUGUUCUGCAGCGUCUGGGUGACCUUUCUGCCUGUCUACCACAGUGCCCAGGGGAAGCUCAUGGUGGCCUUGGAGAUCUUCUCCAUCUUGGCCUCCAGUGCUGGUCUCCUAGUGUGCAUCUUUGCUCCCAAGUGUUACAUUAUUCUGAUCAGACCUGACAAGAACUCUUUGAAAAGUCUAAGAAACAAAAUAGACCGCUGAAGAAAUAUACAUACUUA